UCCAGCCCCCCCGGCACCCCCCCAGCCCAGCGAGCUCUUCUACCCCAGCGCGGGCAUCGCCCAGUCCAGCCGCCCGUACCCUCCCAGUGCCGCCCAGUCCGGCCAGCCCAUUCCUCCCAGUAUCUCCCAGUCCAGCCAGUCCUUCCCCACCAGUAUCCCCCAGUCCAGCUACCCCUUUCCUCCCAGUAUCUUCCAGUCCAGCCAUCCCAUUCCUCCCAGUAUCUUCCAGUCCAGCCAGCCUUUCCCUCCCAGUAUCCUCCAGUCCAGCCAGCCCUUUCCUCCCAGUAUCUUCCAGUCCGGCCAGCCUUUCCCUCCCAGUAACCACCAGUCCAGCUACCCCUUUCCCCCCAGUAUCCUCCAGUCCGGCCAGCCUUUCCCUCCCAGUAUCCUCCAGUCCAGCCAGCCCUUCACCUCCUUCAGCUUCCCGUGCAUCCUGCAGUCCAGCCAGCCCUUCUCGUACCGCAGCCCCCCCCGGCUCCCCAAAUCCUGCCAGCUCUUCCCGGCCGGCCCCCUGUGCCCCCCCCAGUCCAGCCAGCCCUUCCCGUCCUGUGCCCCCCCCUGCCUGCCCCAGUCCAGCCAGCCCCUGUCCUACCGCAGCCCCCCCCGCCUGCCCAAACCCCUCCCCGACCCCUUCCCCGCCUGCGCCCCCCCGGGGGUCCCCCAGUCCAGCCGACCCUUCCCUUUCUGCGCCCCCCCCUGCAUCGCCAAGGCCACCGAGCUCUUCCCGUGCUACGUCCCCCCCCAGCCCAGCAGACCCCUCCCCAUUUACACCCCCCCUGCCCAUCCCCCAGUCCAGCAGACCCUUCCCCUCCCCCGGCACCCCUCAGCCCCCCUCCCCGUGCGCCCCACAAUCGCCGGACCCCCUCCCUCACCACCCCCUGCAGCCCCCCCGGCGCCGCGGCUCUUUGUCCCCUCGCCUGCACGUCUGGGGGGUCCCCUCGCCUCCCCAAAACCCCGCCACGCCCUGAGCCGGCCCCGCCACGCCCGCAGCUGCCGCGGGACCCCCGCCCCCAUGGGGGACGCGCCGGUGCCGGAGCUGGAGGCGGUGCUGGAUGGAGGCGCCUGGGAGGUGGGGGCGACUUUCGAGGGGUCCCCCGCGACCCCCGGGCCCGUCCGCCUGGGCAGGAACGUUUGCUACGUCGUGCUGGCCGUGCUCUUCAACCAGGAGGACGCGCUGCUGCUGGUGCAGGAGGCCAAGCCCGAGUGCCGGGGCCGCUGGUACCUCCCCGCGGGCCGCAUGGAGCCGGGCGAGGCCAUCGUGGCGGCGCUGCGGAGGGAGGUGCGGGAGGAGUCGGGGCUGGAGUGCGAGCCCGUCACGCUGCUGGCCCUGGAGGAGCGGGGCCCGGCCUGGAUCCGCUUCUCCUUCCUGGCACGGGCCACAGGUGGGACCCUGAAGACCCUGGAGGAGGCUGACUCCGAGUCCCUCCAAGCCACCUGGUGGCCCGGGGACCCGCGCUCGCUGCCGCUGCGCUCUCCGGACAUCCUGCCCGUGCUGGAGCUCGCCGCCCGCUACCGCCGCAGCCCCGCUCACCCCCCGACGCUGCCGCGGGAGCUGCCCUGCUCCCCGCUCUGCCUGCGCCUCCUGCUGCCCUUCUCCAACGCCUCCGGCGACCUGUGGCUGCUGCUGGCCACCGCUGGCACCCCGCACCUGCCCGUGGUGGCCUGCGGCACGUCCCCCUCCGAGCUGCGUGCGGGGCUGCGCCCGCCGCUGCUGCGGCUGCUGCGGGAGCGCCUGGCCUGGGAGCCGCAGCCCGCGGCUCUGGGGCUGCUGGGGCUGCAGCACCGCCCUGGCGACUCUGGGGACACCGAUGGCAUCUGCUUCAACGUGCUGCUGAGCGUGGCCCCGGGCAGGCAGCGGGAGCAGCCCCCCGAGCCCCGAGACCCCGCGCUGUGCUGGUGGCCGGUGCGGGAGGAGCGGCUGCGGGGCCGCGUCCUGCGGAGGCUCCGUGCCACCGUGCCCGUCCGGAGCUAGGGCACCGAGAGCCUGGGUGUGGGAAUGGGGGGCUCGGAGGGGCAAAGGGGGCGCCCCGGGAUGUGCUGGCCGGGGAUGGGGGU